CUGCAGCAGUGGAUUAGGCAUUACAGAGCUCAUUGUUCAAGCCUGAAGCCUCAAAUAUGUGGGGACUGAAGUUCACCAGGUUGUGGAAAUGAUACAUUUUUCAUAAUGGAGUCCAGGGUUGAAGCUAAAAAUGGAAAGCCGUGGUCGAAGGAGACAGCGAGGCCUUCACUUCGCCAGACACAACACAAGUUUAACAGAAUGAUGAGUGAUGACAAUCAAGACACAUUUAGAAAUGUCAGGCAAAAGCCAGGCCUGCAGAUAUGGACUAUCAAUAACAUGCAGAUGGCCCCUGUUUCAGCUCAAGGCUUUGGUAACUUCUUUGAGGGAGACUGUUACAUUGUUCUUUAUAUAAGUCAGAACAAGGGCUCAGGCCAGUCGGCUGACAUCCACUACUGGAUAGGAAACUCCUCUUCUCAGGAUGAGCAAGGUGCAGCAGCCAUCUACGUCACCCAGCUGGACGAGCACCUGGGUGGGAGUCCGGUCCAGCACAGGGAGGUGCAGGGUAAUGAGUCUCCACGGUUCAGGAGCUACUUCAAAAAUGGCCUCAUCUACAAGAAGGGUGGAGUGGCCUCCGGUUUUCACCAUGUUGACACAAACGUCUACAACAUCCUGCGACUGCUGCACGUCAAAGGGAGGAAGCAUAUCACAGCGACAGAGGUGGAGGUGUCAUGGAACAGCAUUAACAAUGGAGAUAUAUUCCUGCUGGACAUGGGGAAAGCCAUUGUGCAGUGGAACGGCCCCCAGAGCAACAGGAGAGAGAAGCUCAAGGCAGUCUUGUUGGCUCAGGACAUCCGGGACAGGGAGCGAGGAGGUCGAGCUCAGAUUGGUCUGGUGGAGGGAGGAGAUGAGAAGGACUCCCCAGAGCUCAUGAAAGUCAUGAUGGCGGUGCUCGGCCAAAGAACUGGACAGCUGAAGGAGGCCAUUCCUGAUGACAAACCCGACCAGGUGCAGAACACCAGCGUCAGACUCUACCACGUUUUUGAAAAUAACGGGAAUCUCGUGGUUCAAGAAGUGGCCACACAGCCCCUAACCCAAGAUCUGCUGCACUCCUCUGACUGUUACAUCGUGGACCAGAGAGGCUCGAGUGUGAUGGUGUGGAAAGGCAAACAGGCCUCCAAGCAGGAGCGGCAAGAAGCUCUCAACAGGGCAGUGGGCUACAUCAAAGCCAAGAACUACCCAUCCAGCACCAGUGUGAAGGUGAUGUCUGAGGGAGGAGAGUCAGCAAUGUUCAAGCACUUGUUCAAAUCCUGGACAGAUAAAGGGCAAACUCAGGGUCUUGGUACCACCUACAGCAUGGGAAAGAUAGCAAAGGUCGACCAAGUGAAGUUUGAUGUGAUGGAGCUCCACGCACGUCCUGAACUGGCAGCGCAGCAGCGAAUGGUGGACAACGCCUCUGGAGAUGUUAAGGUGUGGCGCAUCGAGAACUUGGAGGUGGCCGAAGUAAAGCCAAAUACUUAUGGACAGUUUUAUGGAGGAGACUGCUACUUGGUGCUGUACACGUAUCAAAUAUCAAACCAGAGGCAGUACAUACUCUACAUGUGGCAGGGCCGUCAUGCCACCAAAGAUGAGAUCACAGCUUGCGCCUACCAGGCUGUCAAUAUUGAUAACAAGUACAAUGGAGCCCCGGUCCAGGUCAGGGUGGUCAUGGGAAAGGAGCCUCGCCAUUUCCUUGCUAUUUUCAAAGGCAAACUCGUCAUUUUUGAGGGAGGUACGGGCCGACCCGGUGUGGUCAACCCUGACGGAGGUGCCAGGCUCUUCCAGGUCAGAGGGACUAACGAGCUGAACACCAAGGCCACUGAAGUGCUGGCGAGGGCCUCGUUUCUCAACACCAAUGAUGUCUUCCUGCUCAAGACCGACCACAUAUGCUACCUGUGGUAUGGAAAGGGCUGCAGCGGGGAUGAGAGGGUGAUGGGGAGAGCGAUGUCUGAUGUGCUGUCCAAGCAGGACAAGCAGGUGGUGAUGGAGGGCCAGGAGCCAGCUGAAUUCUGGGUAGCUCUGGGAGGAAAGGCUCCCUAUGCUUGUGACAAGAGACUGCAGAGGGAGGAGCCUCCUCACAGUCCCCGGCUGUUUGAAUGCUCCAAUCAGAUAGGUAAUUUCAGGAUGACCGAGGUGGAUGACUACGCUCAGAGUGACCUGGACGAAGAAGAUGUCAUGCUGCUGGACACCUGGGAGGAGAUUUUCUUGUGGGUUGGAAACUCAGCCAACCAGUACGAGACCAAGGAGGCGUGGAACAGCGCGCAGGAGUACCUGAGGACUCACCCUGCAGGCCGCGACCCCGACACACCCAUGGUCUUUGUCAAACAGGGAUAUGAACCGCCCACCUUCACCGGCUGGUUCAAUGCCUGGGAUCCUCAUAAGUGGAGCGGAGGAAAGUCUUAUGAGGAGAUGAAAAAAAAGCUGAGUGAUCCAGCAUCUCUCUCACAGAUCACUGUUGUAAGUGAUUGAUUAACACUAAUUAUUUCAUUAAUUGACUAAAUAUACUAAUAUCACAAAUGUAAUAACGACUAAUGUAUCUAAUGUGAUAAAUAAUACUGUUACUAAUCUGUGAAUAUUUACAAUUUUUAUGUUUUCUCCAAAACCUCAUGUAAUAAUCCACCAAAAAUAUGAU